AUGGCGACGGCGUGCCACCAUGCCAUGCCGCUACGCGACUGCAACGUACUGAUCAGGACCCUGGCCAGGCGCGGCAGUUUCUCACGCGUCAUGGCGGUGUACUACGAUCUCCGCGCGCGCGGCCUCGUCGCAGACAGCUACACCUACCCGUUCGUGCUCAGGGCAAUCGGCGUGAUGAAGCUGUCCGUCGAGGGGCGCAAGGUGCACGCGGCCGCGGUGAAGACCGGGUUCCGUUGGGAUGCGUACACCGCAAGUUCGCUGAUGGAGAUGUACACGAUGCUGAGCCGUGUGGACUUCGCACGGAAGGUGUUCGACGAGAUGCCGCAGAAAUUCCUGGUGCUGUGGAAUAUGAUGAUGAGGUGCUACAUCAGGUGUGGCCGCUUCACAGCAGCAGUUGCGUUAGCUGAGGAGAUGGAGAGAAGCGGUGCCACACCUGACAGGGUGACAUUGGUGACCGCCGUUACCGCUUGCUCCAGAGCAGGCAACCUGAGCUUGGGAAGGAGGAUUCGUUCAUACAUGGAUGGAGUCUUUGGAUUCAGCCUCCCAGUUGCAAAUGCGCUUCUGGACAUGUAUACGAAGAAUGGUUACUUGGAAGAGGCGGUGAAGAUGUUCGAGCAAAUGCCCGAGAGGAACAUCGUAUCUUGGACUAUACUAGUGUCAGGAUAUACUGUUGCUGGUCAGCUGGACAAGGCAAGAGUGCUUUUCUACCAAUGCACACAGAAGGAUCUAAUCCUGUGGACUGCAAUGAUCAACGCAUGUGUACAACAUGGAAGCUUUGAGGAGGCACUGACAUUGUUCCGAGACAUGCAGUUACAAUGUGUGGAGCCUGACAAGUUCACUGUCGUCACUCUCCUCACAUGCUGUGCCAAUAUCGGCGCUCUUGAUCAAGGUGAAUGGGUCCAUCAGUAUGCUGAAGGCAGGAAUAUGAAAAUUGAUGCAGUUCUUGGCACGGCAUUGAUUGAGAUGUACUCAAAGUGUGGGCAUGUUGACAAGUCACUGCAAAUCUUUGGGCGAAUGCAAGGCAGAGAUGCUGCAGCCUGGACUGCCAUCAUCUGUGGUCUGGCCACAAAUGGCCAGGCCAGCAAGGCUCUUGAAUUGUUUGAAGAGAUGCAGAGAAGCAAAACAAAGCCUGAUGGUAUCACGUUCAUUGGAGUACUGAGUGCCUGUUGCCAUGGUGGCUUGGUCGAUGAAGGACGGAGACAUUUCCAAGCCAUGAAGGAGGUCUAUCAGAUAGAGCCGAGAAUCGAACAUUAUAGCUGCCUUGUCAAUCUUCUAGGUCAUGCUGGUCUACUAUAUGAAGCUGAGAAGUUGAUCGGUGACAUGCCUGUUAACAAUGAUACUAUGCCUCUGUUUGGUGCACUCCUCACUGCCUGCAAAGCUUAUAGCAAUGUUGAGAUGAGCGAACGGUUGACAAAAAGAAUUGCCAAGGAAGAUUGUUCCCAAAAUCCUGAUGUUAAUGUCCUCAUGUCUAAUGUGUAUGCAACAGCAAGUCGAUGGGAGGAAGCAAUAAGAGUGAGAAGUAAGAUGACACAUCCUGCGGUCAAGAAGACUGCAGGUUGCAGCAUGAUUGAGGUAAAAGAAUACUGUUGA